AUGAGCUACGGCUCGUACGCGGCGUUACGCUCCUCGGCAAACGCGCUUCGUCGACCCAAAUCGGACUACGGCAUAUCACUGGAGGCCAAGGGCCGUAGCCAAGGAAAGAUCUCCAAUAAGCGCACAAGCGCAAGCUCGUACACUGCGGCAGAGCAAACAGGACAGCACCUUAGUUCCCCGCGCUGGCCCUUCAUUUGUGAGACGGCGUGUGUGAAGCAGCCCACGACGACUGCGGCGAAGAGGACGACUUCUUUGCUUUCCGCCCCACGCGGUCAGCGUACGUCCACGCCGCAGCGCGGUCAGACGUCGCCGCGUGGUGAGCAGCACGUGACUAUCGCUGGCUCUGAUCAUUACAUGGAUGACGCUGCCUCUGCACUUCUCUCGGAACUCCAGCAGGUGGUAGUGCGCGUGUCGCAUCAGAUGGUCGGGGAGCGGCGCUGUGCCGCUCAACAGCGCAAGCAAAUCCGGGCGCUGGAGACGAUCGUGGCGGAGCAAGACGCGAUGCUGGAUGCCCUGCGAACGCACUGUGAUGCUGCACAGUGUGAAAACAGCCAGCUUCUGAAAGGCUACCAGCAGGAGUUACGCUGGCGGGGUGCCGACUCUGCUCAAGCAACUCGACGCAGUAGUGACAUUUGUGGCACAUCGGACACGCGCGUUUCAGCGGCGCAAGUAGACACCGUAGUCCUGGCUGAGUUCCGCCGGCUCUCUACCAUUUAUGAGUCGUGCUCUUUUAGCGGGUUCGACGAUGUAACCCCUAUUGUUGCUGCCGUGUUGCGGUCGCUGGCGACACAGUUACUUCAGCUGCGGGGUGCUGCGCGAAACGAUGAAGCGGAAAUAAGGAAUAUGUCAAAGGACGCGCAACCUGCUCCGCUGCAGCCUCAUGCAGCAUCCCCACCGCUUCGUGCAAGUGCACCAGCAACUACGGCUUCUUCGUUCAUGCCAGCUUUCAACAGGAGUGCUGCACCCACUGACGACCGCGGCAAGGCAGGGGUCGUGAACCGUGUGACGUCUGUGGCGGUCCUAGAAAAGCGAAAGAAAACAUCAAUGUUUGCAGCUGCCAUAACACGACGGAACCAUUCUCCCUCGGAGACAGCUGGUCGCACAAAUGGCGAGCAGGCUGAUUUUCACUGCGUCGAUGUGGACGCCGGGACGAACGGCGAUGCCGAGGCAGCAGCAUCCAUGGCCUCUGAGGCAAACGCAUCGAUUGCGAGCUCCGUGUACGAGGAUGCGGCCUCCAUUUUGUCUGACAUACGUGCUCGCUACGGUCUGUAA